UGUGGAGGGAGACCCACAGUGUCCGGAGGCGCUCACUUUUUCAGACUCGUCCUUCGGUCAUCAGCCUGCCUUCCAUCGCUAUAGCAACAGCCCUCUCUCCAGCCCCUGCGACCCCUACGGCUCCACCUCCAGCAGCGGGCCCCUGGGAGCCUCCCACACACACACACAGGGCAGCUCUCCCAUCUCUCCCCCCAGCCCGGCGAGCCUCGCCUGGGCUCAACGCAGCCGUCACCAGCCGGCCAGCCUGGCGCUCCGCAAGCAAGAGGAGGAGGAGAGCAAACGCUGCAAGGCUCUAUCUGACAGCUAUGAGCUCUCUACAGACCUCCAGGACAAGAAGGUGGAGAUGCUGGAGAGGAAGUACGGAGGCCAGUUUGUGUCCCGGCGGGCGGCGAGGACGAUCCAGACGGCGUUCAGACAAUAUCGCAUGAACAAGAACUUUGAGCGUCUACGAAGCUCCGCCUCCGAGAGCAGGAUGACCCGCCGCAUCAUCCUGUCCAAUAUGAGGAUGCAGUACUCGUUUGAUGAGCGUCAGCCGCAGGGUCAGGGGUCAGCAGGUCAGCAGGGCUCAGAUGACACAGGUGACAUGGAUGACUCGUUUUCCAAACAGGUGAAGUCCUUGGCUGACUCCAUGGACGACUCCCUGACCUGUCAGUCAGGCCGUGAAGACUCUCAGGAAGCGGGAGGAGAGGGAGAGGAGGAAGAGGAGGAGGAAGAGGAGGAGGGAGAUGAAGAGGAGGAGGAGGAAGGAGAGGAGGAUGAAGAGGAAGACGAGGAGGAGGAUUACAGAGAGUGUGCAUGGAGAAACACUAAUGCAUCUUCAAGACGCCUGGGGGGCCGGGUGGGAGGAGUGGGAGGAGGUAUCGCCAUGCACGAAGACAGCACCGCCACGUCCUUCAGUGAUGUCACACUCUACAUGGACGAAAGCUGCCUCCCCUCCUCGCCGCUGUCCCGCCCCGCCUCCAGCUCCGACACAGAGUACUGGGGAGGAGGAGGGGGAGGGGGAGGAGGGAGGGAGGACAGCAGAGAAACGGAGGGAGGUAGCAGCAACAGCCGGAGGAGCAGCACCCCUUGCACAGAGUGUCGAGGGGAGUACAGGGGGAGAGCAGGAGGGGGAGGGGGGGGAGGAGGAGGUCACCUUCCUGUCCUGACCAUUGAACCACCAAGUGACAGCUCAGUGGACAUGAGUGACAGGUCGGAGCGAGGCUCCAUCGGGCGCCUGGUGUACGAACAGGAGCCGUCAGGAGUCGACAGAGGGGGGGGGGAAAGGGAGAGGAGGGGAGGAGGCGGAGAAGGAGAGAGUGGGGAGGAUGAGCGAGGAGGAGGAGGUGGAGGAAGCAGCGAAGCAGAUUCUCCGCAGGGUACCAUCAAACACAAACCAAACGGCCGCUCGGUCGCCACGGCGCAGGGUCAGACCCGCUCCCCCGCCAACGUCCCCCUGCCGAUGCCUUCAGCCCGGACCCUGCCCUCUCACCCUCUGCCUCACCCGCUCCAACACACCCACUCACACCCCCACCCCCACCCUCACCCUCCACCCAUCCCCCACCUCCCCACCGUCCUUCACCACCACCCGCAGUACAGCCAGCCGCACAUCAUGCACAUGCACCAUAUGCAUGGCGCCGGCAGCGGUGGUCCUUACAUGCAGCACGCUCACCACUUUUCCCAGCAACACUACCACCACCUGCACCAUCAACACCACCACCAUGCCUACCCAGAACCCCCCUCCUCCCCUGUACCUCCUCUCACCCCUCUCUCCCCCCUCCCUCCCCCCCUCACGCCUUCCCCGCUCUCCUCCUCCUCGGCAAUGCAGAACAUGGACGCUCAGCAUCACGCCCACCACCCCCCCCACCUCCUCCACCACCACCUGCUGUGCUCGGAUGGUGACAACGAGAGCGUCAACUCCACCACCACCAACUCCAACGACGACACCACCGUCAACAACUGCAGCUCGGGCUCCUCGUCGCGGGACAGCCUGCGGGAGCCAAUAGGAGGAGCCACGCUGGGGAAGCAGACCUAUCAGAGGGAGAGCCGCCACAGCUGGGACUCCCCCGCCUUCAACAACGACGUGGUGCAGCGGCGCCAAUAUCGCAUCGGACUCAACCUGUUCAACAAGAAGCCGGAGAAGGGGAUCCAGUACCUGAUCGAGAGGGGCUUUGUGUCAGACACACCUGUGGGCAUCGCACGCUUCAUCCUGGAGAGGAAAGGGCUGAGCCGACAGAUGAUCGGAGAGUUCCUGGGCAGCCGGCAGCAGUUCAACAAGGACGUCCUCGACUGUGUUCUGGAUGAGAUGGAUUUCUCAGGGAUGGAUCUGGAUGACGCUCUGAGGAAGUUUCAGGCUCAGAUCAAAGUUCAGGGUGAAGCUCAGCGGGUGGAGCGGCUGGUGGAGGCCUUCAGUCAGCGGUACUGUGUGUGUAACCCGGUGCUGAUCCGGCAGUUCCAGAAUCCAGACACCAUCUUCAUCCUGGCGUUCGCCAUAAUCCUCCUCAACACGGACAUGUACAGCCCCAACGUGAAGCCCGAGAGGAAGAUGAAGCUGGAGGACUUCAUCAAGAACCUGCGCGGCGUCGAUAACGGUCAGGACAUCCCUCGGGACCUGCUGGUGGCGAUCUACGGAAGGAUCCAGAAAUGGGAGCUGAGGACCAACGACGACCACGUGUCUCAGGUCCAGGCGGUGGAGAGGAUGGUGGUCGGGAAGAAGCCGGUGCUCUCUCUGCCUCAUCGCAGGUUGGUGUGUUGCUGUCAGCUGUUUGAGGUUCCCGAUCCAAACCGAGCUCAGCGGAGCGGCGUCCAUCAAAGAGAAGUCUUCCUGUUCAACGACCUGCUCAUGGUGACGAAGAUUUUCCAGAAGAAGAAGACGUCGGUGACGUACAAUUUCAGACAAUCAUUCCCUCUGUUGGACAUGCAGGUUCACACCUUCCAGAACACCUACUACCCUCACGGUAUCAGACUGACCACGGCGAACCCUGGAGGAGAGAGAAAGGUUCUGAUCGUGUUCACAGCGCCAAGUCAGCAGGACCGAGCUCGCUUCACCUCUGACCUCCGAGAGAGCAUCGCUGAGGUCCAGGACAUGGAGAAGUACAGGGUGGAGGCCGAGCUGGAGAAACAGAAAGGUGUGAUGCGUCCCGGUGUGUUGACGGGGGGAGGACCAGGAGGAGGGGGGGCGCAGGGAGGCAUGGCCAACACCGGCGGCGGCCCCAUGAAGGGCGAGGUGAUGAACGGCAUUCUGGGUAGACCGAGCCUGGAUGACACUUACGCCUCUGUGGACGGACUCAAACGCACAGCACUCAGCUCCUCACUGCGAGACCUCUCAGAAACAGGGAAGCGAGGUCGUAGGAACAGUGUGGGGUCAUUGGACAGUACCAUUGAAGGUUCCAUCAUUAGCAGCCCCCGGCCUCACCAGCAGCGCCCCCUGCCUGCUGGAGGUCUCUACAGCCCUAUGAUGGUCCCUUCCUCUCCAGCAGCUUACCGGCCACACCGCCCUACUCAGAGCCCCGGUACAGGGGUGGGGGGUGGGCCGGGGCUCUGUCACAACCAGGGGGGGGUCGCGCCCUCCCCACUCGUGAGCGUGGGAGGGGUUGGGGGAGGAGGCGUGAUGGCGGUUGGGGGAGGAGCGACUGGCAGCAACCGGCUGGGGAACUUCUUCGGCAGCCGGAGAGGGAAAGUUCCUGGUCCCCUGACGAUGACGUCCCCGACUCCACAGGGUCCUCCGAGUCCCCUGAUGAUAUCAUCACCCCCCCAUUACCCCGCCCCCGCGCCGCCCAUCGCCCACCCAUCCUCCCCUUCCCCAUGCCCCUCCCCAUCGCCCAACCUCGCUCAGUUGGACUCGGGAGGAGUUGGAGGGGGAGGAAGUUCGGUAGGGGGGCCGUCCAAGCUCCAGGCAUUGCACGCUCAGUAUUGCCACGGCAACAGUGGAGGAGGAGGAGUCAAUGUUACUGGGCACCAGCAGCAGCAGACUCCGCCCCCGCCUUACCACCACCAUCAUCGUUACCACGUGCAGAGCGUCCCGCAGCACCACGCCCUUUCGCACAGGUUCUCAGCCCCGCGGCGGCAGGGUCCGCCUGGCUGCGCUCCCUCUCAUACCCAGAGGAUGCAACAUGGCGGCGCCCAGCACCCCCGCUACAACAUGGCGUCGGGUUUCAUCACGCCACCGCCGCUCUCCCCACAUUCCCCCAUCACUCCCACUACCCCGCACGGACUCUACCACUCGCAUCCGGGGGUGGGACGGCCGGGUGGAGGCGGCAAGCUCCCGCUGACCAUCUCGCACUCCACGCCCCAUCCGCACGCUCACACACACUCUCACAACCACGGCGUGCACACACACUCCCCACUCAGCCCCUCCCCCUCCGCCUCCCAAUCCACCCACUUCAUCUUCGCCACCCCGCCGCCUCAGACGCCCUCGGCACGCCUCGUCACCCAGACGCCGCCGCAGCCCUACAACCCCCAGUACCCUCCCCUCUCUGCUAUCCCCCCUCCCCCUCCGCAUUCCCCCUUGCCCCCCCCCUCGGCUGGCCCGCUCUCCCUGCACCCAGGAGGAAGUCAAGGGGCGGGUCCAAAAUCAAAGCCUGUCAGCCGGAUCAGCACGGUGGUGUGAGGAGGCAGAAGACGAGGGCGAUCGUCCGUCACCCUGCAACGAGCCACCGGGGGGCGGUAGUGGUGAGAGGGGGCAGGAGGGGGGGCAGGAGGGGGGGAGGGGCGAUGCAGAUGUAUCACAACGGCCACCUGGUGAGGAGGAAAGCUCUGAGAGCGGGGAAAAGGAAAUUACUCAGCCUGUGUUAUUUUCACAUCCACUUCCCGGGAAAGUAGAACGACUCUCUCACUGUCAGCGUCUGAGGGGCGACCAAGAACAUCAACCACCGCUGAAACACAUCUCACACGCACUUCAGAGGAGGACUCAGGAAGACAUGUUUGUAGUUCUUCACUGACAGGAGGUGUUCAGGGUUAGGUCAGUUUCUGUGUUGGACUAAUGAGCUGUGCCUCAGAAGGGUUUAGCGCUCUAUGCUAACACUUGAUGUGACAGUUGGAGUUUUUUUAAGAAGAACGAGGAGUCCUUUUUUUUCCAAAAAUCACACUCGUCUUGCACCACUUUGUUUUUGGCACAAAAAGCACUUGUACCGUUGUUUCGGCUGCUGACCAGCCACGAGUUGUUCCCGACGAGCUGAAGUGGUUAGCGUUGAUAUGGUGCGGUCUCGGUGUCUGACACAGGCUUGCAUGAUGAGUGUCAGUGUGUCUAUGCAGGAGGCGGGAUCUGUUGUUACUUAAAGUCCAGCAUUUAUUCGACCAUUCAAAGUGCAUUAGUUACCUUCAACAUGGACAGUAAACUGUUUUUAAACUUAAAAUAAGCCAUCAUAACAAAUAAACAAACUACAGGUGUGUUUACCUUUAGUGUUUGUGGAUUACAGGGUUUCAACAGAGGGGGGAUGGUUGACGUUUUAAAGUUUAUUGUGAUGUGGGAAUGGAUGAAGUACAAACCAUCCUACAGGUGUCCAGGUGUAUCUGAAAGAUCAAAUAUGUCGACUGUACCUGAUGCCCUGUUUCGUACGUGACCCCGGUCGUUGCCAGGAAUGGAGAUUAAGCUGAAAGGUGCCAAACAGGGUGCAUUCUGGGAAACAGAGUCUUUAGUUUUCUCAGCUUGCGAUGAAGCUACAGUAGAUGUUCCUACAGGGUUAUUCAUGGGAACAUGAACGGAUCUGGGUGGGAAAUCAGGAACAAAGCGGCUUUAUUAAAAAUGACCACGAGCGGACGUCUUUGCACAUAUCUAACCCUAACCCGAGACAACAUGGAGAACAUUUUGGUUUUAGGACAUGGUGUUCGUUUUGAUCAGAUCAUCGGUUCACUUUUGAUUAUUUUAAGUUUUGAUGUUUCAUUUUAAUCGAUAGUUUAAGAAAGUAAUCAUGAGAUAUAUAAAGGCUUCGGAUUAGAUUUGACCUCCUCUGAAAGGUGGAUACAAACAGCGCCCCCUGCUCCCCCUCCCUUAAAGAGCCUCUGGGACCUUUCACCUUUAACCUUUGACCUUUAUAUUUUUAACCAUUUAAACACAUCGUAAACCCAUUAGUGUUUUUUAAAUAACGGCCACAUGAACAAAGUCAACUUCAACAUUUCAACAUAAAUCAUUUGAUCAUGUUCUUUCAAACUGCAAACUGAAUGACCAAUGACACAUCUGCAUCUUCACAUACUGUAGAGGUGCUAAGAAUCCAUCAUCAUCUCUAAACUAAAGAAGCCAUCUUUUAUUUCUACUCACUGCGACCACGCUGCUGAUUCUGUUAGCAUCUUAGUGUGUUAGCACCGAGCUAACACACUAAGAUGUAAAUCCUGUGAAAAACUGCGCCCGUCCUGGAGAAUACUGCACCAGACGCCACCGCUGAAACCUUCAUACUAAAGUUACUUUGACAUCCUGUCAGGACAUUUAGGUUUAAGGUUAUAAUUUAAAGGUUUAUUUCUGCAGUAAUUUAAAUAUUCUUUCCUUUUGACGUUGAAAACUCUGAAAGCGCAGCGUGCAUGUGUUAAAAAAUGUCUAUGAAAAGUUGUUGAGUGGCUGCAGUCUUCAUGAGUGUUUGGCUCCUGAAAAAUAAUUUCCCACUCAGUUCUGAGCAUGAUGUUCUCUCUCUGUAGGACAUGAAAUCUUUAAACAUUUCCUUUUAGCUUGGGAGGGGUCAAAGCUGAAUCCAGCUUUCACAUCUUCUGGUGUAAAAACAGAAAAAAAAGGUGCCUUCAGACCGAGCGGGGACCAAUGUAAAGAGAUCAUAAUGUUGGAGAAAGACCACCUG